AUGUCACGCCCGUUCCCUUACACAUACAUAUCUUGUCCUUGCGCCGAUACCCCGGUCCCCGAUCCGGCUAGGAAGCGAAGAUCAAGGGAGUCGCCGCAGAAAUCACCAUCGAAACCCCCACCUGAGCGUGUGAACCCCUCAGGGGAAGAUAAGAAGGAACCCACGAAAUAUGAACAACUCGAAGAGGAUGAAGAGGAAGAGCAGACCUUUGACCCUCGCUCUCCGCGAUCCAAUUUCUCGCUGUACCCACCUGAGCAACUUCUCUAUUGUGAAGAGUGUCACCAGAUCAAGUGUCCUCGAUGUAUUACCGAGGAAAUUGUGAGCUGGUUCUGUCCAAGCUGCUUGUUUGAAACGCCCAGCAGUAUGGUGCGGAGUGAUGGCAAUCGGUGUGGUCGAAACUGCUUCAAUUGCCCUGUCUGUACAGCUCCACUGGCUGUCAGUACAAUUGAGAAUGCCACUGGGAAUGGAGCCCAGCAUGGUCCAUGGGUGCUAUCCUGCGGGUAUUGUCUUUGGACCACACUGGAUAUCGGCAUCAAGUUCGACAAGCCGACAAACAUUCGCAGUCAACUGCAGAAGAUGACCGACUCUACUGCUCAGCCUGCAAUCGACAGGUCGAGACAAGCUUCUCGCACCUUUGGAGAUCUGAAAUCCCCACUUUCCACCUUUGCCUCUAUCGAUGAACAAUCCGCUGCACGCGAGCACGAAGAAGAGCAAUCUCCAUCCCAAGAACAAGAAGCACCUCCCAUGGGCACAGAUGCCCGAUUUGCGGCCUUGAAAUCAUUCUACCGUACUCAGAUCGCUGAAACAUCAUCCUCGCCGAACGACCCUCUCAGCACAGACUUUGGGUUCUCUUCACCUGGUGCCCUCAACCGGCUGAUGUCUCUCUAUGCCUCCUCUUCCCGUCUAAGCGGUCUCUAUGGCGGAAGCAAGAAGCCCAAAUCCAAGCCACCAGUCAUGCGCGAAGCCAUAACAGCAAGCGAGGGACUUCAGCUCGCUCCAGAAAAUGGCGACGAAGAUUUAAUCAAACGACUCACUUCUCCGAGCUGCGGCUGGGACGGCAUGGCAUCAACAGAGCAGCGCGCAGCCCAAUCCCCAGACGCCCGCUUCACAGACGACCUCCUCCCGCUCCCAGCCCUCCUCCGCACCAAACGAGCCAAGCGCUGCAAGUCCUGCAAACACAUCCUCGUAAAACCAGAGACAAAGCCCCAGUCCACUCGCUUCCGCAUCCGCCUCAUCGCUCUAAGCUACAUCCCCCUGCCUACCCUCCGCCCCCUAGCCCUCUCAACAUCCUCCACCCUCCCAACCAUAGCCCCAACCCCCGACCUGAACUCCCUCCCACCCCUCCGACCCGUGCAUGUUCUUCUCACACUCAAAAACCACAUGUUCGACCCCGUCCGCAUAACCCUCGCCACACCACCCGUCACACCCGGCAACGUCGCAACAAAAGUUACCGUCCUCUCGCCCCAAUUCGAGAUCGGCGCUAACAGCGAUGUCUGGGACGAGGCUUUACAAGGCGCCUCGGCCCCGCUGAAGGGUGACGCCACUGCAAUCGGUAUGCGCGGCGUCCCUGAAGCAGGCAAGGUAUGGGAUAAAGGCCGCAAUUGGACGACCGUUGUGUUGGAGGUUGUGCCUGGCACAUUGCCGGGUAGUAGUGCCGAAGGCGGGGAUGGGAAUGGGGAGGGUGAUGAGGGUGUUUUGGCUGUUGCGUCUCAGAAGGCUGAUGAGGAUGUUCUUGAGAUUCCGGUGUUUGUGCGUAUGGAUUGGGAUGCUGAUGCGCAGCUUGAUCAGGGGAAUGUUGGGAAGGGGUCUAAACCUGAUGACAAGGUUACUAGGGAAUUGGCUUAUUGGAUGGUGCUUGGUGUAGGUCGGAUUCAGCCUUCGUUGUAG